UAUAGUCGUUGUAGCCAUCAAUCAUCGCCUUCUUACAUUUAUAUGAUGUGCAAAUUGAACAGUAGCUAAAAAGUUUGCGUCGAUACAUACUUAAUGCGUCAUCUACAGUCAAGAGUACUCGGUAUGCUCGGUAAAAGAGCAUACUACGCAUUGUUAACAGAUAAAUAAAUAUGUUAGUUAAUUUCUGUCGGUGAGAACUGAAUUCUCAAUCUGUCGUUUCGUCCUACUCAUAAUAGAAAUAGGACAUGGUCAGUCUUAUCAGAAACUUGAACACUUCGGGUAGUUUGUCGAAGCGACAGUUUCUAACUUCGAUUUUAUCAGGGGGCUGUAUUCUUCGACUCGUCUCUCAACAUGGAUGACGAGGAAUACCUUCAGCCUGUAUUGUCUUCUCUGGGAGAAGAUGAUUUUCGAAAAUUAGAGACAGUUCCAAUCGCAUCUGUACCUCUGGUGCUGGGUGUGUGUUUAGAAAUCACGGGAAUUAUAUUUGUAUCGGUCUGGCCCGAGGAGAAGAAUAAAUGCGACACGUAUUUUAUAUAUCUGUACCUACACUGUGCUUAUUGGAUGAUAAUCAUGCUAGUAGAUCAUUUGUUAAAGGCGAGGCAUUAUAAGCUUCGUAUAUACGGGUAUUUCGACUUCUAUCAGUCGACCUAUCAACAAAUAAGAGCACCGCUGUUCAUAGCUUCUCUAUGGAUAACGUGCUAUUUAUUGUUAGCUGUGAUCCUGCAUCACACGCACAAAGUCAAUUACGAACAAUACUGUCGUGCAUCCGAGUGGUUCACUCCUCUGAAUUAUAUACUUCUUUUGACCACGGUGGAGGUUUUGAUUAUUGUGCCGGUCUAUAUAAAUUACAUCAAGAGAGUUAUGAGAUUUAAUCGAUAUCGUCCACAGCCUGAUGUUAUUCGCGAAGAGUGGCUAUCGUCUUAUACUCAGGAAUCGUACUCGGGUAGUAACGAUGUAGUAGGCUAUCGUGAGAGGCAAUCUAACGUGGAGGACUUGCUUGAGAAACAAGCAGACUUGAUAAGAUAUUUGAGAGAUCAUAACGCCAAGUUGAAUCAUAGGUUGUUGUUGCUGGCGAUGGAGCGUUCAGGCCUCCUGAACCCUGAGGAACCCUGAGGAGAUUAAAUAAAAGGUUCGGCUUUGCUUUACGUAAAUUCAUAUUUUUUUUACUCAUAUAACGAUUGUCUAGACUAGGCAGUUUACUAUCCUUAUUUUGUGUGAACACAUCCUUGUUUUUCAACAUCAUUGAGAUAACACGUCUUAGUUUUACUCAUGUGUAAGUAAUUGACAUAGAGAUAUUAGAUAUUUAUUACGUGAGGAAUUAGACUCAUUUGGCAUCGACGCCACGAAGGAAAGUAUUGUGUUAUAAAAAGAAUCAAAAAUCAUUUCUGUGAUUAAGAGUGUAUAUACCCAAUUCAAUAAAGUAUAUAUUUUUUUUCAA